AUGACUACUCCCACACCUUUUACUCCCCCAGCAUCGGGAGCUCCAGCUUUUGCCCCAGCGCCAACCGGCGUGCCGGCAGAUGGUGGCGGCCCAGCCCGACGGCCCGGUGGACCGGCCGGCGGUCCGGGAUCAUUUCGACCGGCAGGUGGCCCAGGUGGGCGCCCGCCCGGGCGCGGCGGUCCGCGAACCGGCGGACGGGGCGCCCGGCGGUUUGGACCCCGGCGGCGCGUAUGCGCGUUCACCGUGGAAGGCGUUAAACCCAAUUACAAAGACGUGGACAGACUGCGCCGUUAUAUCUCUGAGCAGGGGAAAAUCGAUCCUACUCGCAAGACCGGCACUUCGGCCAAGAAUCAACGUUUGUUGGCUGUUGCAAUCAAACGCGCCCGAUUUUUGGCCCUCUUGCCGUAUGCACCCGAUCACAGCGUUAACACGGGUAUGCGUUCUGGUCGCUAG